AGCAGUUCUUCCAGACUGUGUUUAUCACAUCACUGCAAAGUGGAGUAACUUUCAUCCUACUGCUGACUCCCAGUGCUGAUCUCUCCUCUGCCUCUCCCUCUCCUGUGCCCUCCCAAGCAUGGAGGAGAGCGUGGAAGAGCCCAUGCUCACUCAGAGCCUUGCCUUUAGCAUGGCUAAACCCCCUGAUAACAUGCACAGUGGAUUCACCUCCUGGAUAAAGCAGAACAUCAAGAAGAAAGAGUGCUGCUUCUACAGUGAGAAUAAAAGCAUCAAGUGUCCAGGGUUCUGUAUGUGUGGCUACCCCAGAGAUUUUCAUGUGGAAGAUGCUUUCAGGCCCAAUGAGUUUGUGGGUGAGAUGUGGGACAGACAAAAACACAUUCGGGAGGUGCCCACAGACGCCUACGGAGACAUCAACUUCAGUGGACUGGGGCAUAAAAUGGGAAAGUAUGUGCGAGUGUCCACAGACACCUCCACUGAUGUCCUGUACGAGCUGAUGACUAACCACUGGAAUCUCCGCCCACCUAAUCUUCUCAUCUCUGUGACGGGUGGAACCCAGAACUUCUACAUGAGGACCCGGCUGAAGAAGAUGUUCCGCAGGGGGCUGAUCAAAGUGGCCAAAACCACAGGUGCGUGGAUCCUGACUGGGGGCACACAUACAGGGGUGAUGAUGCAUGUCGGACAGGCAGUGAGGGACUACGCCCUGACCACCAGCACAACAGAGGAUCAAAUUGUGGCAAUCGGCAUGGCAAACUGGGGAACUGUGCUCAACCGGGACACUCUGGUGAACAAGGAGGGCUGUUUCCCAGCUCAAUACUCCCUGGACAAACAGAACAAGGGCAGGCUGGCUUGUCUGGAUGUCAAUCACUCCCACUUCCUGCUGGUGGAUGACGGGAGGAACGGGCACUACAACAUGGAGAUAGCUCUCCGCAGCAAGCUGGAGAAACUAAUUUCCCAACAGCCUCUGGGGGACAAAGGUCUGAAGGUCCCUGUGGUUUGCGUGGUGCUAGACGGUGGAUACGGGGCCCUGAAUACGAUCUACAACGCCAUGCUCAACAGCACCCCGUGCGUGAUCCUGGAGGGCUCAGGGCGGCUGGCCGACGUCAUCGCCCAGGUAGCCAAGUUACCCAGAGCCCAAGUGACCCUCGCCCUCAUUCGCCAGCUGAUGAGGAAGUUCUUUAGCCAGGAGUUCAAAGAGCUGUGGAUCAUUGAGAGGACCAAGAAGAUCCAGGAUAUUCUGAGACAUUGCCAGCUGCUGACUGUGUUUCGCAUCGAUGAGGAGGGACAGAAUGACAUUGACGUAGCCAUCCUCCGAGCUCUCUUCAAAGCUUCACGGAGCAGUGGUUCUCCGGGCCAGGAAACCUGGGAGCAGGAGCUGGAGCUGGCAGUGGCCUGGAACCGUUUGGACAUAGCAAAGAGCGAGAUCUUCACUGAGGAGAGCCAGUGGAAGUCCAGUGACCUGCACCAGGCUAUGCGCUCAGCCCUGGUUGGCCACAAGCCAGACUUUGUGAAACUGCUGCUGGAGAAUGGGGUGUGCCUGAAGGAGUUCCUGACGGAGGACACCCUGGUUCAUCUGUACAACAACCUGGAGACGGGCUGCAUCUUCCAGCGCAGGCUGGAAGAACGCAUAGAGAAGAGUUGCAAGAGCACUGUGUGUCUCAGUGACGUGUCUGACGAGGUACACCACUACCUGGGCGGCUUCACUGAGCCCAUCUACCCCCCCGCUCCCACCCAGCCUUGCAUCGAAAUGCCCGAGGACAACACGUUUCCACCCAAAGGGCCAACGGAGCUCCAGAACGUCCCAUCCACCUGGCCGGACAGGGACACAGGGAGAGACCUCUUCCUCUGGGCCAUCCUGCAGAACAGAAAGGAGCUGGCUGAGAUCGCCUGGGAACAGUGCAGGGACAGCAUGUGUGCUGCACUAGCUGCUAGCAAGAUCCUGAAGAAGCUGGCACAGGAGGAAGUUGAUGAGGGUGACGAGGCUGAACGGAUGUGGGAGCUGGCAGAGUGCUACGAGAAAAAGGCAAUUGGUGUGUUCAGUGAGUGCUACAGCCAUGAUGUGCAGCGUGCCCAGAGGCUUCUGAUUCGAAUCUCUCCAUCGUGGGGCAGGACCACUUGCCUACGCUUGGCUGUGGAGGCUGAUGACAAGAGCUUUGUAGCCCAUGCUGGAGUACAGGGGCUGCUGACGCAGAUCUGGUGUGGGGAGCUGGCAGUGGACAACCCCCAGUGGAAGAUGUUGCUGUGUAUGCUGUUCCCCCCUCUGAUCUACACGGACCUGCUGACCUUCAGGCGUGAUGAGGACAUACACAGGGAGAUUCGGCGAAAGGAGAGGAUGCUCACAAUGGAUUCUGUGACAAGAAGGGAUUAUAUGGAGAAACCAGACCUGCAGCCACUUACCUGUACAUCACGUUUCGUCAGCUUCUUCAGCUCAGCGCAGAUCACAUUCUACUGGAACGCUGUGUCUUACUUUGGCUUCCUGUGGCUCUUUGCCUUUGUGCUGAUGACAGACUUCCAGACUAAACCCUCUUGGAAAGAAUACCUGCUAUAUGGGUGGCUGGCCUCGCUUGUGUGUGAGGAGAUACGCCAGCUGUUUGAUGACCCUGAUGGAUUUGGCCUCCAGAGGAAGUCCAUGAUGUACAUCAGUGACCUGUGGAACAUUUUGGAUAUGCUAUGUAUCCUUGUCUUCAUUAUUGGACUGGCCUGCAGGUUAACCACUGUUCUGUUCUAUACUGGAAAGAUAAUCCUCUGCAUUGAUUUCAUCAUCUUCUGUCUGCGUCUCAUGGCCAUAUUCACCAUCAGCAAGACGUUAGGCCCCCAGACCAUUUCUGUCAAGAGAAUGAUGAAGGACUUGUUCUUCUUCAUGUUCCUACUGACUAUCUGGGUGGUGGCAUAUGGGGUUGCCAAGCAGGGCAUCCUGAUCGACAAUGAGGAAAGGCUGAACUGGAUAAUACGGGGUGUGCUGUACGAGCCCUACCUUAUCAUAUAUGGGAUUGUCCCCACCAACAUUGACAAUGUGGAAUUUGACAUGAGCACGUGCAGUGUGAAUGCGACUGACCCUCUGAAGCCAAAGUGCCCAGUUCUGGAUGCUGACUCCAUGCCAGUGUUCCCCGCGUGGCUCACCAUCAUUCUGCUGUGUGUGUACCUGCUGUUCGCCAACAUCCUGCUGCUUAACCUGCUCAUCGCCAUCUUCAACUACACAUUCCAGGAAGUGCAGGACAAUACUGAUACGAUCUGGAAGUUUCAGCGCUACGAACUGAUCAAAGAAUACCACAGCCGCCCCGCCCCACCCCCACCCUUCAUCUUCCUCAGCCAUGUGUACAUCUUCUUCAGGAGGAAGGUGCUCCACAGGCCCCCCCAAAAAUUCAAGCGGUUCAUGGAAGAGCUGUCACAGUUGGAGGAAGAGGAGGUGCUCUCAUGGGAGGCCUUCAUGAAGGAGAAUCAUUUGGCCAACAGCCAGAGGGACCUGAGCCAGAGCAUGCAGUGUCGCAUUCAGGACACUUCUGACAAGGUGGGGGGCAUGGUGGAAUUACUGGAAGGAGAGCAAGACAGGGAUUCUGGUGCCAUGGCGAAAAGGCUGGCCCACCUGGAGGAGCAGGUCUCCCAGUCCGCUAAAGCCUUACAGUGGAUAAUGGAUGCCCUCAAAUCCCAUGGUUUCUCAGGGAAGGAAGAAGCCCCUGUGUUGUCACUGCAAAGAACAACCCCAGAGGCUGACCUAGCUGUAUCCAUGAGAGAGAAAGGGACAGAGAACACUUUCGGAGAACACCACGUCAACGCCCGGUGUCUCCAGUACCCUAACAGCACUGUGAGCCGGUUCCCUGUGCCAGAGGAGAUGGUGCCCUGGGAGGUAGAGUUUGACAAUUACGAGCCCCCCGUAUAUAACGCUGAUGAGUCGGAGCUCUCUGACACCGCUUUGGACAAAUACAGAAACCCAGAGGGAAGGACAGGGAUGAAGGGGAAAGGGGCACUGGACCACCUGGGACCAAACCAGGUUCUGGAUCCGGUCAUCACAUGUUGGAGAGAUGAUCAGAAAUCUGCUCUAGAGUUCCUGGCUGUGUGGGAUAAGAAGGAGGGGAUCUGGACAAUACCUGGGGGGCGCGUGCUCUCCGGUGAGAUUCUCCCACAGAGGCUGACCAGCAUACUGGGCAAGAAGCUAAAUGAGCAGAUCAAAGACAAACUAGCCAGCAAAGCUGAGGUAAACAAGGUGUUUAAUGGUUAUGUUGAUGACAAAAGGAACACAGAUAAUGCCUGGUUGGAGACAACUGCUUUCAACAUACACCUUGACAGGAAGGAUUUGUUGAUGGCUGACCUUAAUAACAUGGCUGAGAGCAGCCAGGUCUCGGGAGAGCUGGUGCAGUGGCAGGAAGUCAGCAGCAGGACGUUGGCAUGUGCGUACCAGAGAGAGCUCCUUCGCAAGGUUGCUGAGCUGCACUGCAGGUGCUUCUGAUACCUUCCUGGUGCCAUUGCACAACAUAGAGACUGUACAGGCUGUUUACAAUCCCCAGAGCACUUCAUGUUUAUGUUAUAUAUGUUAGGCAUUAAGAUAAAUAUUCUCCUCUGAGUGAAUCACCAUAAGCUUGGCUGCAUAUUCAAAACUGAUUCAUGUAGACUUUCCGUGAAAAUAAAUGGGAACAAAUCAUUUCCUAUGACUCAUGUCUUAGGUGUGAUUCCAUGUCCGAAAUAAAGCGCAUCAGUCAAUGAAUGCUUAAUGCAUGUUCAAAAAGCCA